CAUCUUCAUACACCCCUUCACCAGCCUCACAUUUCCAUAUCCCAAUCUAAACUUUUAAUAAAAAUACUUUACAAAAUAAAAAAAAUAAAACACAAAUCUUCGCCUUCUGAACGCAGCCAUGGCAGCAACAACAUCUUCAAACCUCCUUCACUUCUCCAGUUCCCACUCAACUUCACGCCUAUCCCCUCUCAAAACCGCCCUCUUUUCAUGCUCCAAGAGAAAGCUUCCGGUGGCCGGUGGUGGUGCCGCCACCACCACAGGAGGAGUACGGUGCAUGGCGGUGGCAGCAGAGGCGGCGUCCGUAAAGAAGACGAGUUCUUAUCAGAUAAUGACAUUGACAACCUGGUUGUUGAAACAAGAGCAAUCUGGAAUCAUCGAUGCUGAACUUACCAUCGUCUUGUCCAGCAUUUCAAUGGCUUGUAAACAGAUCGCAUCUUUGGUGCAGCGAGCCAGCAUCUCCAACAUGACCGGAGUUCAGGGAGCUGUUAAUAUUCAGGGAGAGGAUCAGAAGAAGCUCGAUGUCAUAUCCAAUGAGGUGUUUUCCAAUUGUUUGAGAUCGAGUGGAAGAACUGGGAUUAUUGCAUCGGAGGAGGAGGAUGUGCCGGUGGCGGUGGAAGAGAGUUACUCCGGCAACUACAUUGUGGUGUUUGAUCCUCUUGAUGGAUCAUCCAACAUUGAUGCUGCUGUUUCAACUGGUUCUAUUUUCGGAAUCUACAGUCCAAACGACGAGUGUCUCCCUGAUCUUGACGAUAACUCCACGCUGGACACCGAGGAACAGAGGUGCAUCGUGAACGUAUGCCAGCCCGGAACCAACCUUCUGGCAGCCGGUUACUGCAUGUAUUCAAGCUCUGUCAUCUUCGUGCUCUCCAUAGGAACCGGCGUUUAUUCAUUCACAUUAGACCCAAUGUAUGGUGAGUUUGUUCUGACUCAAGAAAAGAUCCAAAUCCCGAAAUCGGGUAAGAUUUACUCGUUUAACGAAGGAAACUAUCAACUAUGGGAUGACAAGCUCAAGAAAUACAUGGAUGACCUAAAGGACCCUGGUCCUACCGGAAAGCCUUACUCCGCCAGGUAUAUCGGUAGCUUGGUCGGUGAUUUCCAUCGGACGCUUUUGUACGGAGGAAUUUACGGUUACCCUCGGGACAAAAAGAGCAAGAACGGGAAGCUUAGGCUCUUGUAUGAGUGUGCUCCGAUGAGUUACUUGGUUGAACAGGCCGGCGGAAAGGGCUCCGAUGGGCAUCAACGAGUACUUGACAUCCAGCCGACUGAGAUUCAUCAACGAGUUCCUCUAUACAUUGGAAGCGUAGACGAAGUGGAAAAACUGGAGAAGUAUUUGGCUUAAAUAUGAAAAACUAAAUCCAAAUUUUUUUAUUUUCCUUUACGUGUUUCAAACUUAUAAGAUUGCCUUUGCUUCAAAUCAAACGUUAUCAAUACAAGGAAAGGAUCAACUUUUUAUUCUAUAUAAUAAUUGCACAAACACCCACACACACAUAAUAAAGAUUAAAGACGGACGUUUUCAGUUAAAUUUCUUCUAGCACUUUGGCAAGUCCGCCGGUGGCGGUGGCACCGUCGAGUCCUCUGUCCCUCCGUUUUCAACCACAAACGCGGUGGCAAAACCCAAACCCAAGUGUACGUCCAGAUGACAGUGCAUGAUCCAUACACCUGUAAAUUGUAAAAACGAAUAUAUAUUAAAUAACUAAAAAGUGAAAAGGUACCACUAAUUUCGGCCGGAAAGUUUAUAUUCUACCUGGAUUAUUUGCUCGGAAUCUCAUCACCACCCAACCGCCGACAGGCACACCGAUAGUAUUCCGUUGUUGUGGGUUCACAAGAUUAAACUUUUUCCUGUCUUUGACGGGGUCAUAAUUGCCAAAACCUUGAGCCAACACGAAGAAGUUAUACCCAUGCAAGUGUACGGGAUGGUUCUGCAUUCCGAUCAAUGCAGUGUUCUGAAACACAAUCUCCACCGUCGAAUUAUACUUUAGUUUCUUCACGCUCGUUGAUUUGGGUGUAUUCAACAGGGCUUGAUUCAAACUAUUGUUGACGUUGGUGUAAUCGAAUUUCACCGGUGGUUCAUUAGGGAAGUCCGGCGUAUAGAUCCCACUAACGUUGAAGAAAUGAGCUUCCAAGAUUGACAAUUUGGUCGGAAGCACGAAGGAGUGGUUGUUCAUGCUAGCGGAAAACCGCUGCCCGAGUGGGCCUCCACAAGUUUGGUUUGAUGAUUUUGUUCCACUUGCACAUGAUGAUAUCCCUAGCCCUAUCGUAAUAAACAUGUUUUCAUCUACUUUCUGUGAUACAGGGUGCCAAAACGGGCUUUGUAUGAGGCAUGUUAGAUUGCUCAUAAACUUAAAUGCGGUUGGGGUGUCGUUGAAAGGCGGCAUGUCCGGGAGGAGUGGCGGCGGCAGCAAGGUGGUGGUGGUGUUUCUGUAGGUGAGGAUUGCGGUGGUUGUGCUGUUGUUGAAAGUGCGACCAGUUCCACUAAUGUACGCGCGGGCAGCCAUGUAAUAGGAUCCCGGUGACUGGUCAGCGGUCAAUAGGACAUCAGUUGUUUGACCGGGACCCACUACAACAACAUCUGUAGGAUAUGGAUUUGUGUAGACUGCGUCCGCCGCCACUACCGUCAUGCGGUGGUUGGCUACCUUGAAAAACAUUUGGGUGUUGAGGGCGGCGUUGAUUAUACGUAACAUAUAUGUUUUCCCUUGAACAACUUCCAAAGUGUGUGUAUCUGAAAUACAAUUAAACAAAUGAUUUAACUUUUUAUAAAAUUAAUACUGAUUAACGAUUAAUCGACUUACUUCUUGAAGGACAAGAAUAUAAAUCCCCAGGCCACCCAUUGAUGGU